UUGUUACGAUUUAGUUUAUAUCCCCAUCAAAACGACGCCGCUGGGGGUUGUUAGGUCCUCACACACACUCUUAUUUCACAAAAGGAAAUCCCAGCCACAAAACCCACAAAACCUCCUUUCUCUCCAUGACGACGUCGUCUCAGUCCCAACAAUCCACUUCCUCCUCCUGGGCUUUGCUCCCUUGGAGGACCCGGAUCUCAUUAUCGCUUCUGUCAAAGUUAACGGACGCCUCUCGCCGACCAGACGGCACCAUCAACCGCCGUCUUAUGAGCUUCCUCGACUUCCGCUCCUCCGCCACUCCCUCCGCUCCCUACAAAGGCGUCACCACCUCCGACGUCACCGUCGACCAAACCCGCAACCUCUGGUUCCGCCUCUUCGUCCCCUCUACGACGUCGUCUUCCCCCGCCUCUUUACCCGUCGUCGUUUUCUUCCACGGCGGCGGCUUCAGCUUCCUCAGCCCGGACUCCUACGCCUACGACGCCGUCUGCCGCAAAUUCGCCCGCCGAAUCCCCGCCGUCGUAGUCUCCGUCAACUACCGCCUCUCCCCGGAGCACGGCUACCCCUGCCAGUACGACGACGGCCUCGACGUCCUCAAAUUCCUCGACCAAAACCCCGACUCCCUCCCCGACCUCGCCGACUGCUCCCGCUGCUUCCUCGCCGGAGACAGCGCCGGCGCGAACAUUGCCCACCACGUGGCGGUGCGAGCCUGCCGCGAGCCGUUUCGGGUCGUGAAACCAGUCGGGUUGAUAUCGAUCCAACCGUUCUUCGGCGGCGAGGAACGGACCGAGUCCGAGAUCCGACUCGAGGGCGCGCCGCUGGUGUCGGUGACCCGAACCGAUUGGCUGUGGAAGGCUUUCUUGCCAGCCGGGUCGACCCGGGACCACGAGGCGGCGAACGUGGGCGGGCCGAACGCGGUGGACAUUACGGGUCUGGAGUACCCGGCUACGGUUGUGUUCGUUGGGGGCUUGGAUCCGCUGCAGGACUGGCAGAGGAGGUACUGUGAGUGGUUGAGGAAAUCGGGGAAGGAGGCGAAGCUGAUCGAGUAUCCCAGUAUGGUUCACGCCUUCUAUGUCUUUCCGGAGUUGCCGGAAUCCAACCAGCUCUUUUCGCAAGUCAAGGAUUUCGUUGCUUCUAUUGGUUGAAUUCUCUACGUGUUGUGCUCUGAUAGGUCCGUGUGGUUGUUUCAGGUAGGGCUACGUACUUUUUCAAUAGGGUUGUUUAUCCAUGCUGUUUUUGCUUUUUUCUUUUUCUUUUUCAAACUGAUGUCAAUCAAUCGAUGCUAUGUUCUU